AUGGAAUGGUCCAAUGAACAAAUUGCACAAUUUUUGGAGCUGUACGAAGGUGAGCCAUCUAUAUGGAAUCUAAGUGAUGCAAAUCACAAAAUUCGGAACCAUGUUCAUGAUGCUUGGGGAAGAAUUUCAAAAAACUUAAGUGGAGCUGAAUAUUCAAUAAGUGAACUUAAAAAAAAAGAUUCACUUAUGGGGACUUACAGAAAAAUGUCAUUGAAGGGCAAGGCUAGCAAAAAGACUGGUUCAGGUACGGACGGGAUAUUCAACAUUACCAGACACCACAAGCUUAUUUGGCACCUUCACCUCGCCCUCGGUCAUCACCAGAAUAUACAGAUCUAUGACCACAUAACCAGACACAACAAACUUAUUUAG